AUGUCUUUCGGCUUUGGUGAUUUUAUAGCUGGCGUAAACCUCUGCGACAGUAUCAUCAAAGCCUGCGGCGAAAUUAAUAAUGCUUCCAGCUCUCACAAAGAUUUCGCAGCGUCCGCCCGUGCUCUCCGUGAUGGUUUGAACAGUCUUAUGAGCGCCAUACGAGAUCGCAAUACAACAGCUAAAACCGAAUCUUUCCGGCACCGGAACGAUGAAACGACAUGGCAAUCGUUGCGAGAAAUUACGCUGGAUUUCAGAGCGACGUUAGAGACGAUUCAGGCACGUUUGAGACAGUAUCCGGUUGGGGAGAGGGCAGGCUUAGAAAGGCGGAUGAGCUAUUGGUUUAAUGCGAAAGGCGAGGUACAGGAGCUUUUAGAGAGAUGCAGGUAUCAUGUUACGAUCAUUAAUUUUGUGCUAGAACCCUUCAAAAUAAAGGUUAUGACAGAUAUCCGGGAAAGCAUCCAAAACCUCACAGGCGAGGUGCUGGAUGUUAAGAAGGAAGUUUUGAAGGUUGGAACCCGCAUGGAAGAGGGUUUCGAUGAUAUGAGGGAGUUAUUGCAACGAUUCAACUGCCAACCUGGGCCGUCAAUGCCAGUAGAGCCACUUGAAAGACGCCCACGCGCGGUACCACCGCCGCCGCCGCCGCCGCCGCCAGCCCUCGAGAUUACUACGGACAGUUUGGACAUUAGGUUCAAAAAUCAAAUGAGAGACGAUGGAGAGGAUACUGUGUCCGAGUUGACGGAUGUGACGGUGGGCGAACUGACGAAAAGUGCUGUGAUAUGGCUCGAGAAGGGAAGACAUACUGUUGAUGACGCUACCGAUAUGGCGAAACUGACGCCGACUCAGUACUUGUGGCUAAGAAAAGCGAAGUGGAUUGUGACAUCCUUCAAUGGGCAUCCAGAGCUACAGAAAUUAGCUUUAACGGACAAAGAUUCACUGCUACAUAAGCUUUGUCGAAAAUUGGAGAACGAGAUUAAAGAGGUCUUUAAUGAUAUGAAAAUAAAGGGACUACAGAUCCCUAGCAUGGACUCAAUUCACUCGCUUGAUCCACACGAGUUCUCACCUUUGGUAGAACCUCUAGUUGAGCCUGAUACCACCAUGGAAGGUUAUGGCGAAGACCUUAUACUUAAUAUACAACUCUCGGGAGCUCAUUACCAGACACAACCCAUCACAUUUUUAGUGUUCCGACAAGGAGGUGGUAGUCUGAGGUGUGUAGAGAGAGUACGUAGUACUAGUCGUAGAGGAAAUGUAGUGAAGGAUAUAAUCAAAGAGUACAUAAUAGAUAAGAACAUAUGGCAUAUGCGGCCACUUUACAUGUUUCACCCUCAAGAGGGAUGUUGGAACAUAAUUCUAUACCAGCCCUUAGAGGCGAAGUCUUUCACCUUCAGUAAUCACAAAGACCUCUUUGCAUUCCAGCACGCGUUUCUAGACGCCAACGCCAGAUUCAUCAGCUCCCAUUUCAAGGGCAUCAGAUACCAAGAACCCGCGUUAACGCGAAGCUCCCGCGAAUUUACCUCAGGUCUCAUACAACUCUGGCUCGAAAAGCCACGCCCUCGUCUUGACCCAGAAGGGAAUACACCUUCAACAGAAGCUUCACUCUCUCCAACAACUACACAGACUCAAUCGAUGUCCUCGUGGUCUGCGGCACCAAGUGUUGCAUUAUCAACCACCACCACCACCCACCGACAGCAAGAUGGAACAACGGUGUUUGAGGUCAAAAAGGUGGAAAGUUCGAGAUUUUUUGCAUGUCUCAAUGAUACCAGUUCCAGCGAUAAGCGGCGCGUAUUUAUAACAUUUGUCCUCGAUGAUACUAUUAGCUUCUCCAACACAAGCUGUUGCAGUAAAAACCUACAUCCUGGUGGGGGCGGAAAAUCUAAAAGACUUCCGGAGUUAGAAAGCGAUGUCUGCUGCAAGAAACUCGUUAUCGAGACAGUGAUCAAAGGUGGUGACUUUUCUGCAAAAGUUCUAGAAGCUAAGGGUGAGGGGAUGGUUGAUGAUAUGAGUAUCGCACUGGGUGAGGAGCACCUGCCAAAAGGGAAGAAGAUUAAAUUGUCUUAUUUUAAUAUAAUCUUCGAGUCUAAGGGUGAAAAACUACGGUUCAUGAAUCAAUAUCAUGAAUUAGAAAAAUUACGGAUCACACGGGAACGGAUCACCAGAGCCUUGAUGACUGAUAUGAAGGAACGUGAGAGACAUGGAGAUCAGUUAAGAAUGGAUGAACUACCGAAAUCACCGAGGCGUAGUUCGACUUUUUCGGCAUUCUCAUUCAAGAGCGCGCGGAGGGGGAGUAAUUUAUCGUGA